AUGAAUAUUAUGAAGCAAUCGUCGGAACCAGUGUUUUGUGGAAAUGAAUUUUGUCAGUGGCUGAUAGAACAUGAUUACAUGGCUAAUGAAUCAAUGGCUCGAGCUUAUAUACAGCAGAUAGAAACAAAUCAACAAAUUGUUUGUCUCAAUCGAAAUCAAAACUCUGACGAUGUUUACGAUCUUUUAACGAAUUGUCACCAAGAUACAUUGGACAUGGGUAGGCCAACAGCUGUUGUUUCUUCACCAUCGGUUACAAUUAGUGACGAAGAAAUGAGUAAGAUGCAAGAUGAAGCUAUUGAGAAACUAGAUGAAAUCCGUAAACGAUACGCACUGAUGCAAAUGAACGACAAAGUUUUUAUUUUGGGUGGUUACGCCAUCGAUAGUAAAACUGGAAGAAAGAGAAUACCAAAACAUGAUUAUUUUUACGAUCAUGAUAAGAAAGAAUUGAUUCCUAUUCCUGCAUUGCCUGGUCAUGGUCGAAUGGGUUUCGGAAUAGCCGCAACUGACGACGACAAGAUCAUUGUUGCUGGUGGACACAAUUUCGAUUUUGAAUCAAUUUCCAAUGUUACUAUGCUUGAUACAAAAGCGGAAGUAUUCCAGUGGCAAGAUUUACCAAACAUGCCCAAUGGUACUAUUGGUUCUGGUACAGGCAUUAUUUAUAAUGUUCUUUACAUUAUCGGUGGAUUUGAUUUUGUCGGAUACGAUAUAGUCUGUCAUGGUGAUGUACUUGCGUUGGAUUUGGAUAAGAAACAAUGGAAAAUAUUAACAAAUAUUGAUCCACCUCGAGCUCGACCGUUAGUUAGCGUCAAUGAUCAUGUUGAUCCACCCACAUUAUAUAUUGCCGGUGGCUAUAGUUUUACUGAAAAAGGCCAAGUUGUUCCAUGUGGUAGAAUUGAAGAAUAUCACGAAGAAAAGAAGACGUGGCAAGUGAUUGCUGAUAUACCGCAUUUCAAGACAACAAACGGAUUGGCGACGAAAAACAACAAACUAUUCCUGAUGAAUGUCGUGCCCGAGACUGGCGAGAAUCGUGUUAUUAAAGAAUAUAACCUCGAAACGCAUCAAUGGAAGAGCUUGCAUGAUCUGAAACGAUCAUCCUCUCAUCAUCUUAAAAAAGAAUCAUCGCGAAUCAAACUCGCUGACGAACAGACUGGAGAAAAGGUUGACGAGUAA